AUGACCACGACUGACCGUUCUCUGCUUCCGGUGCACUACAAUUUCAAAUUCUCACUCUCCUUGUUCUUCACUGUUAUUCCCGUGCUCUCUGUGAAUCACAGGGUCCUUGACGAUCAAGCCAUCAUGUUCAGCUCCAAGAAAGCCACGGAGACCAAUGUCCUGGAUUCUGUCUUACAAGAUAUCAUGGUCUCUACGGGAUCUCCCUUUGCACAACCGCCGGCUGUUGAAGAGGGAUGGGAUGAAUAUACUAGGACGAUGUCGGCUCAUAGAAAUGGCACUGGGGCCAGCGGCUUCCGGGAAUUUUUAGGUAAAGGGAAUUCUGAACUUUUGGAUUGGGAAAAAUACUAUGGAGAAGCUUCGUCUCGAUGCAGUACAGCACGAGUGUUGUCAUCACCCCCAAGAGCAGAGACAAGCCGGCUGUCAAAGCGCGAGGGUGGGCAAAAGGAGAGCUUAGAAGAGUACCCGCAAGGACUGCAGUUGGCACUGAUUAUCCUCGGAGUGUGCUUGUCUGUCUACAUUAUCGCCCUCAACCGAGGGAUUGUCAGCACGGCAAUUCCUCGUAUCACCGACCAGUUCCGCUCCUACGAUGAUGUUGGCUGGUACGGUAGUGCAUAUCUGCUGACAGCUUGUGCUUUCCAACCAUUAUAUGGACGAAUCUUCAUGUCAUUUCAUGUCAAGAUUUCCUACCUGCUGGCCCUCGUCGUUUUUGAAUUAGGAUCUCUCGUCUGCGGACUAGCACCGAACUCGGCAGUGCUCAUAAUCGGCAGAGCCGUUCAGGGUCUCGGCAGUGCUGGCAUUGUCACUGGCUCCUUCGUCAUUAUCGGACAUUGUGUACCGAUGGUCAAGAGACCUGUAUACUUCGCUUCUGUCGGUUUGAUGUUUGGACUUGGAUCUAUGACCGGUCCAAUCUUCGGUGGUAUUUUUACUGAUCUCGUGACUUGGCGGUGGUGCUUCUUUUUCAACCUUCCAAUUGGCGGUGCCACCAUCGCUGUGCUUCUAUUCUUCGUCAACGCAAAGGAGCAGUGCAUCAAUCGUCAACCAUUCUUGCAAAGAGCUGCGGCGCUUGACCACAUGGGGACCUUUAUCCUGCUUUGUGGAUUUGUGAUGUUCUUCCUGGCACUUCAAUUAGGCGAAGAGGUCAUCGGGUGGAACUCGGCGAGAGUGAUUGGACUGCUUGUUGGAGCUGGGGUGGCAUUCGCUCUGUUUGCUUUCUGGGAGUGGUGGAAGAAAGAUGCUGCUCUGAUUCCUGUUCGCAUCGCAACACAGAGAACCGUCAUUGCAAGCUGUCUCUCCGCAAUCUUCAUUUACGGAGUCAUGACGAUCCAUGGCUACUGCCUUCCCAUCUGGUUUCAGGCAGUUAGGGGCACAAGUGCAUUGGAGUCUGGUGUUAACAUGAUUCCUUACAUGAUCGCUAAUGCUCUCUGCAGCCUCUCGGCCGGCAUUGUCGUAUCCAAGACUGGCUAUUUUACCCCUCCUGCUAUUAUUGGAUGUGCCAUUGCCACUAUCGGGUGUGGAUUCGUCAGUACCUUGAACGUUGACAUCUCCACCGCUAAAUGGAUCGGAUAUGAAAUUUUGGCUGCGGGAGGCCUUGGUAUAGCCGUACAGAUUGGCUUUACUGCUGUGCAAACUGUGGUCAAGCCAGAAGAGAUUCCCAUCGCCACAUCCGCAAUCGUUGCUUGCCAGAGUUUAGGCGGCGCCGUCUUCGUCUCUGUUGGGAAUACCAUCCUUCAGAACCAACUUGUUAAUGGUGGCACAACUGGAGUUCUUGCACAGAUCAAUGUUGGUGAAGUCAUCAAUGCAGGUGCUACGAGGUUUCAAACCAUUGUUCCGGAGGAAUUAUUACCUGCAUUUCUUGUUCUGUACAAUGCCGCCCUGCAGAAAGUCUUCUACCUUGCCAUUGGCUCGGCGGGGAUGGCACUGUUGGCCAGUCUGCCUAUGGAAUGGAAUAGUGUUAAAGAGAACAAGGAAGACGAACCACAAAUAACUGUUUGA